CUCAUGUUCCUCAAGUUACUCAACAUAAUGGUGUUAAUUUUCCUAUUGAUGGUUCAUGGUGCAACUGGUGACACUACCAAUGCCCUCCCAGCACCAGCAGGUGUCCAACCCACUGACACCAUGACCAGCCUCCUGCCGCAGCCUAUGGUUGAAACGGCGUCCUUGAGCCAGCUGCUGACGAAGGUGGUGAAGGAGAAGCUGCUAGAGUGUGACCUGGUGGUGGCCGUUGAUGGUGGCGCCCCACACUCCUGGCAGGACGCCAUGUACCACCUCCUGCAGCUUCCUAACCCUCGACAGGUGGUGCAGGUGAAAAGACCAGCAGACCUGCUGCUUGUAACGAGGUCAUCCAGGUGUCGUGGUUACCUGUUGCUUCUACAGGACCCAGAGCCCCUCAUCACCCUCGCCAAGGCAACCCCGCCCACCUGGGACUAUGAUGACAGGAUGGUUGUGGUGGGCGUGACGAAAGACCAGCUCAAGGAACUGACUCUCACUAAGGCAGGCAGGAAGAUGGAGCACAUUGUAGGCUUGGUCAAGGCUGACAGGACGGGGGUGUGGUAUGUGUUUAUAAAUCAGUUGUUCUCGGGCGAGCAGGUGGCGUACAUCAACACUUGGCAUCAAUACGGGUUCACAGCUGAUACUGACCUCUUCCCGGACAAAAUAGUCGACUUUGGCGGCGCCCCAUUAAGGAUGGUGGCGUUUGAAUUUCCUCCAAGUGUGUGUUAUCGACGGGGUCCUGACGGCUCCAUCGUCCACUUGUACGGCUGGGACGUGGAGGUGGUGAGGGCGCUGUCCAUCUUUUUCAACUUCACCAUGCAACAUGUUGAACCUCCUUCAGACGAGUUGUGGGGUGUUCGAUUCCCCAACGGCAGCUGGAAUGGUAUGGUGGGUCUGUUUAUGAACGGGUUGGCAGACAUCGGCAUCACCAAUGUUUUCAUCACCAUUGACCGUAUGGACUUUAUGGACUUCAGCGCUCCUUUUGAUACUGAUAGGAGUUGCUUCAUUACCCGGGUGGAGCCGCCUCUACCCAGGUGGCUGUCCCUGGCCCUGCCCUACCAGAUGGUGACCUGGAUGGCUCUCCUUGGUGGCCUCCUCACCACCUCUCUCUUCCUCUAUCUUCUGACCAGGGUUCUUCUUGACAGAAACCUUGGCGAACUAGAUACCUUCAAGACUCUGCCAUACAGUGGACUCUACGUGUUGGGUAUGCACUUCCGCGUGUCCCAGUCCCACACCCCCGUCCGGACGUCGACUCAGGUAUUCGUGCUGUUCUUGUGGCUGUACGUGAUCAUCAUCACCACAGGCUACAGCUCCAACCUGACGGCAUUCCUCACUGUGACCCGAGAACCCACCGGGAUGGAGACCCUGAGGGAACUCUACAUAUCGAAGCUGCCUGUCUUGAGUAAUGGCAACUUUUUUAAGAGUGUCAUGGUGAAUACCAAGAAUUUCUAUGUCCAGGAGCUGGCCAAAAACUACAGGGCGGAGUAUGACAUGGACAAGACCCACAGCACCGUCCAGCAGGGGAAGGGUGUGAGCAUCCAGGGACUAGCCUUUCAGGAGUAUGUCAUUGCCACCCGCUACACCACCCACGGCCGCCCCUCCAUCAGGAUCAUGAAGGAGUGCUUCUCUGACCACAGCAUCGCCCUGGGCUUGGAGAAACAAUCCGUUUUGGAGCGUAAGUUCAAUAUGGUUUUGAACUGGAUAGUGGAGGCUGGGCUAGUGAGGCGAUGGUUCCUGGAUUCUCUCAACCUCGCUCUUGAGUACGCGAGGCAAGAUAAGAAGGCAAAAGGAAACAAUGGAAACACUGAAGAGGAAGAUGAUGAUGACGACAUGAUGGUCAGAGGGACUACAGCCAGAAGUAUCCCCCUUGGUAUUGACCACAUGCAAGGAAUCUUUUUCAUCCUCGUGCUGUUAUAUAGUCUAUCUAUCCUGGUGUUCCUGCUAGAGUGGCUACUGGCUUGAACUCCUCCCACGAGAUUAAAAGACUUAGAAAAACACAGAUUACCAGAUGUGUAGAUGAAAUUAGGAAGUUUAGAGAUACCGGUACUACUUGACGGGCAGUGAAGCGGUGGAGAGGUAAAAUUAUGAUGUAUGUAUGGUACUGUACGUGUACAUGUAACGCUGUAAUGUAAUGUUAGUGUACUUCAGUAGGGGAUAUUAAGAGUAAUUAUGUACAGUACUCCGCAUAUAUUAAAAUAAACCAAAAGUAACAUAAUUAGAGAAAAUACUAAUAUAGUUGAUAUACAUUUACGUUAUUCUGUAAAAUCAGGUGUAACAAAAGUAAUAUAACAGUAAUGUAAUUCAGGAGAUAAAUUGCUUAUCGUCAACAGUGUCAGUAUAUAUAAAUAUUUUUCAAUAUACUAUCACGUAGAGCUAGUGUAAUAUAAAUCAGUAAAAAAUAUUAUAUUCUCCAUAACAGUUAUAUACCACAUUACAGUAUAUCAAAAGUAACACGAGUGUAAAUCAUUAGUACUAAUAAUCGUUUCUCCAUCAUAUACUAAUAAUCAACUAGGAAAUAGCUUAUGUACAGUACUUAUAUUUAAAUCAAAUAUCACCUGUAGUGUAACUCAGUCAAAGAAUAAUACAUUUACCAUUACCCCAAAAUUUAUAUUAAUUUUGUUUACUAUAAUUUAAUGUAUUUUAGUAGUAAUAAAAAUAUGUUAUAGUUCCCAUACAUAAUACAGUACAGUAUGUAAUAUGUGUACUGUAAUUAGAUAUGCACUGCUUACCAUUCAUUUCCAUGUAAUAAGUGAAUUAAUUUAGAUUGGCGGGUAUAUCAAUAAUAAUGUGUUAUCAAUGUAUCCAAAGACAUUUUUUUUAUCUUAUAUAGCGUCUGAAAUAAAUCGUAUCUGAAGUUUCUCUAUGUGAAUUA